UUCUUUGUCAAACGUCGCUUCUCAUUCAUCUCACCUGCUCACCUGCUCGCGCCAAGUAAAGGUGUAGGUCAGGGACUGCGAGGCAGAGAGAAGUUUUAUUGCGGGGGGUUAGACGACACGCGGCAUGGGAGGUGAGGCUCGCGCCAGACAGUACAAACUGCAAGCCCAGAGUUCACGAGGCUUGACCUCAGCAGAUAGAUGUCGCUGGCAGUUGUUUGUAUAAAAGGAUACACUUUUGCACCGAAGCGCGGCGUUUGGUGAGCACAUGAUAGCGGAAGAACUUAGCACCUGCCAGGCCAUCACAGUGGAGACAAGAGACUGUAGUGACUAUAGGUGCGGGGGCAACACUUGCACCACUGUUCACAACUGUCGUCGGGUGUAGUGACUGUCGAAGUAGUGAAAGCCUGAGUGAGAGAAGGCGACAGACAGCGACAUGGUGGACUACAGCUCAGCGCGCAGGACGACAAAUCCCACAGGUGAAGCUUGCUGAGCAGCUUGUGUCACACCAGGCUGUGAGUGACUGACUUUGUGUCUGUGCGGUCGUUUGCUUGACUGCCAUGAUCGUGGAUAACGUACAAAACUGAACCCUAACCCUAUACAAGAAGCUGAGCAGAGGUCAAUCGUUCGGGGAUCAGUGUCACUCUUCAGUUUCGAAACGUUAGUUGCUGAAAGUUUGCUGGGAGCAGGUGUGAUGGGAGUGUGAGCCGACACACGGUGCAGUGUGUGCACUUUGACCUGUCUCCCAUCAUCUUUCAGACGCCUGGCGGGAUCUAAACAAAGUGCAUGCGGCAUUGGUGUGGUGCGUGGUGCGACAGACGGCUAGACGGCUUGUAACCUCACUAGCAUGGGGUGGGUGGGUACGACACUAGUCCGCCCGCCAACAAUCGUCUCAUCCGGGCCGUGUGUGUGAACACAACAACUGCAGCUGCGUGCGGAAUUCACGCUGAGGUCAGGUGACGUGACACCGAGGUGAGCGUGUGUGACGUCUUCACUGGCUGUCGUCGUUCCUGUCAUCGAAACUUCGCAGGAUGGGCGGUCUGCUGUGGCUGCUGUGUGUGGUGGUGUUGGGAUGGCGGUGUAUGUCAGCGAAAGGAGACGUGUUGCAGGUGCCACUUCCCAACUUUGCUGACCUUAGACUUCAUUAUCCUGGAUAUGCCCAUUAUGGAGGGCACUUCCACAACCACCACCUCAUCAGCAUCAUCGGACUCAGUGCAGCAGAUAGCAGCAUGCUUUUGCACGACACCAGUGCCCUGCGGCUGUCAUACACUCUGAACCAUAUAGGUGGUCAGCAUUCUUUGGGUUAUCAGCUGAUCAAACUGUCCAAGUAUGGUCAUGACAGUCUGUCAGGGAGAAAUGGCUUGCAGUAUAUCUUUCAUCCAAUAGCAUACGGGCCUUUUCUGGCAGACAAGUAUGGCUACCCAAGUGUGUCAAGACUGCAUGAGCGAGAUCCCAUUAGUGCCAAAAAGAAUUUCUGGGGACGUCAAGGUAUUCUGCAGGUAAUCACUUACUCCAGAAAAAAGAACUUGCCCAAAGGUCAUGUUGGCUUAUGGGACUGUAAUCACUUCCAUCAAAGUAAAGACUGGACUGCUGGUCACAGCCUCAUAACUGUGGAAUUCUGGGAAUCUCCAGAUUCCAACUGCACAGCUAUGAGCACAGAGCCACACUUCCAGAUGGCCAGCUUAGUGCAAGUCACCUCAGACAGCACAGGGAAAGACAUGGAACCAGAGUUGUCUAUGAUGCUAGAAGCAAGCCAGCCUCAUGUUCGUCUGCGACACAGGCACUGGGAGAAACGAUUCCUUAGAAAACAUCACCUGGGAAACUCCUAGCAGCCCUCGCAGUGCAAGAAUGUCAGGAGAUGCCAAAUACCACUUGCGUUGUAAUGGUGCAGGUUUGGAAUGAACAAAGGCAGCAACAGCCAGGAGAUGACUUAUGCUACUGUCAUAAGCCCUGACCAUGACUUUGCACUGCUGCCACCAGUCCCGACAUUGACCUUGGUAAGAACAUAGUGCUUGUGGACCACCAAUAUCCAUGGAUAUCAACCUCUGAAAGCACACUUUACUAUUGAAAUUUAAAUACAUGCAGGUAAUUGAUGUCUGUAAAUGUCUCUUUCACUGAAAGUAGCACGCACAGAGGAUUUUUGUGUGGAUUUUUCCCAUGGUAGCCUUUUGCGGUAGCCUAAACAGAAGCCACGAUAAGGACAUUUCAGUGUCUAAUGUGUGCAGGGUUGUGUGUCAAGGCCAUGAUCUCAUGGUUAGUAAAAGAACACUGCUGGAAAGACAGUGACAUUUGGAUGUCAAGUGAUUGCUACACAUGUUCUAUAAUUUGUUAUGAAUCAGUUUGGAGGUUAAGUCUGGCGACCUUUGAAAGACUUCAGGCAAUAGGGCACAUUAAAAGCACAAAAUAUUUGCCAUACAACUUUAUACAUUUGUGGCACUUUUUUUUAUUUUACCAACAGUAAUUUGUAUUCUUAUGAAUAUUCUAGGGGUUUUGUUUUCCUUUUUCAAAUUAGUAUAAAGCCAAUAGAAAUGUUGCUUGAAAACAGAAAUAUGUGGAGUAUCACCAAGAGUUCAGUCUUUUUAAAGUCUGAAAGUCUACAUGUUACAUUUAUGGUGAGACUGAUAAAUGUACUGUAACCCUUCUUGUUAUUGUGUGCAUGUUCAUUCUGUCAGACCAUUGCAGCCUUUACAAUGCAGACACAGCCCAUCUGUGCAAGGCAUAAUAGUGAAAAUAUAGGAGGAUGAGAUAGAGUCCAUUGUGGAAGUUAUAUCUCAGCAGUGGCAGAAGCUUUUGCCAGAUAACCAGUAUCACUGGGUUCUAAGAAGAAAACAGUUUCUGACAGGCUUACUUUUCUUUAGUCAUGGUCUGGAAUGAUUGCUUUUUCCGAGGUCUUCAUUCUCACUGGAUGAAAAAAAGUGUCUGUUUGUAGGUUUUUGAAGAUUUUCUUAUAAAUAGCUGUGUAUCACUCUAUAGCAUUCUUAUAAAUAGUUGUGUAUCACUCUGUAGAAUUCAUGGGGCACUUUUUAAGCUGAUCCUUCUUGUCAUCUCUGGAUCAAUUUUUCAUCACAAUUUUGGUCAAGCAGUCAUGAACUUGCAGAAUCUCUUUGAAACUGACAGAUAAUCACCAAAAGGUGUGAAAAAGGCUGUGAAUGUGAAGCUGUAUGCUAUUUAUCUGUAACAGUUACUGCUUGAAAAUUGUUGAGCCCUGAAUAAUGUUUAACUUAAAGUGAAUUCAGAUUCGUAUAGUCUUUUUAAAUGCUAUCAAUCAAUACAUAGUUUAUGUUGCCUAAAACCAAAAGAAAUUUUGAAUAAUAGGAUAAUGUUAGUCUUGUCUUCUCAAGGAAUUGAGCUAAGGAUUUUCUUUGAAACUGUUAGCUGCUGGCUUUGAUCUGUGGGACCAGUUUCAGUAUGCUGAUGGCAGAUGGGGCUUUAAAAAAACACAAAAAAAUGCAGUGAUGUACAUGCAAUGCUUUGAAAACCUGUAUGUUAUUACAAAGUUGAUUUUCUUGUGCCUCUGUGCUAUUUUAUAGUUGUUUGUGCCUUUGUAACAACAAGAAAUGUUGGGUAAAGUUUUUAAAAAAGCAAAAAUCUCCACCCUUCAGUCAUCGAUGCAAGUAAACUGUUAAAGUAGUAUCAAUGGCUGUCGUUACAUUUACAGAAUGUGGUAGGAGUGCAUUAGGAUUAGGAUUUGCUUGCAUUUGUAUAAACAGGCAGCUAACUUAAGAUUAUCACAUUUCUCUUUUACCUUUUUUUAACCAUGUAAUCUAUCACCAAGGCAUAUUUGUACAGUUUGUGCAUGCAGUGUCUUUCUCCCAACCCCCUCAAAAAAAAAGUUUUAAUUGCUGCUUGAAAGAUAUAAACUUAUUUUCAUUUUCACUUAUGGGCAAACUAAAAUGCUUUGUUCAGACUGGUAUUGCAUUUAUUCUCAAAAGUGGGAAAAGCUGUAGUAAUGCUUGAGGCGAUGGAGAUUUCUGCUAGUAAAAAACAUCACCUCAACCUUGGCCAGUAUUA